AUGCCUUGUUACAACGCGAGAUGCCUACGCAGGAAAAAAAAUAAUGGACGUGCUUCUGCUACUGCCACUCGCGGUGCAUCUCAGAUAGACAACUGUGUACAUUAUCAAAAAGAUCCUUUGGCUGCGUCGCAACAAGCAGAUUCGUCUGUUUUCAUCUCUGAUUCUUUUGCUCAUGAUAACCGCGUACCUUCUCAUACUACUCCUCCUUCUAUUCGACAAAAAAAGGUAUAUAAGAGUCGCCGAAGCAGACGCAUGAUUGAUGCCUCAAAAGACUUCCAGCAGGAUGGUGUUUCUGCGUCUGCCACGGAAUCUCUCACCCCUAAUAACCAUGUACUUAUUAGUGACGAUGUGCUUGAUGCUACCGCAGCCCAGCUUGCUUCUAAGCUUAAUACGCAAUCAUCGUCUGCUGAGCCAUUUCCUUCUGUGGUUCUUCCAGCUGUGUCUUCACUGUCAGAAGCUCUUUCUGUUCCUCCUAUAGAAGAAGGUACUUGUGUUAUUGACUUAGGUAGAGCAGAAUUGACGGAUGAAGAUAGUGUUGAGUUUCGCAAACACAUUCAUACUUAUAACAAUAAUGUCGCCUUCACUACUUUUGGUGCAAAGCAUCCAGUGUAUUUUUUUGAUGAACAAGAAGAGCUAUCUACAAGGCUUCGUAAUUCCCCUAGGCUUCGUGAAAGUACUAUGAAGUUCUUAAUGCGUAUUCUUGAAUCUAAUCCUUACACUAGAUUCUUUAAAAGCCUGCGAGAAGUUGAGGAUCUGGAAAACCACAGGAUUGUUCUUAACUCCAAUCCUAGCUUAGAUCAAAGGGUCUAUAAUCUACCAACCGCAUCCCAGGUUGCUGCAAUCUGGACUGAAUCUAAGGACCAACCAUUUGAAAAAAGUCCACAGAUUCAGGUUUAUUCACAUUCAAACACCAGCCAUCGAAUACAUCACUAUUUUUCCUACUAUGAUCCUUUACAGUAUCCACUCCUAUUUCCUCGCGGCGAGUGUGGUUGGCGUCAUGGGAUACUAAGAAAUUCUGACUCAAGAAAAAGAAAAUAUGAUACUUCUGAUGAUGCCAAUCUAAUUGAUUCUUCUUCGAUAGAAACUGCCUCGGAUUUGAUUCGCUUGGAACAGGAAGACCAAGAUAUUUUUAUUACUAUGACUUGUAAGACUAACUGGAAGGAGAUUCAGGAAAAUCUAAAGUAUGGAGAAGAUGCACAGGAUAGGCCUGAUUUAGUAUCUAGAGUGUUUAGAGCAAAGUUCGAAAUGUUUAAAUAUGAGACACUAAAGAAAAAGAUCUUUGGAGAAGUCCAGGCACUUGUCCAUGUUAUUAAGUUUCAGAAAAGAGGUCUACCUCAUGCUCACUUGCUGUUGAUUCUUAAGCCUGAAUAUAAGCCGUUGAAUCCUGAAGCUUAUGAUAAAAUUGUUUUUGCUGAAAUUCCGGAUCCUGAUCAGCAGAGAUACCUAAAUCAUUAUCCCAAGGAUUUCAGUGAAUACACUAUCCAUACAGAGGAUAGCUAUCCACAUUACAGAAGAAGGAAAAAUGGUCGCGUUGUAAGAGUACGAAAUAAAGCCCUUGACAACCGUUGGGUUGUGCCGUACAAUCCUUACCUUCUUGCACUAUUUGACUGCCAUAUGAACGUUGAGAUCUGUUCAACGGUCAAGUUAGUCAAAUAUUUAUACAAAUACGUCUACAAAGGGUACGACCGUGUUAGCUUUCAUAUAAAUAGUGGUGCUGCUGCUGAAAACGUUGAUGAGAUUAAUGACUUCCAGUCCGGGAAGUGGGUCGCAGCUGCAAAAGCCUUUUGGUGUAUAUAUAGGUUUUCUUUGAAUGAAAUGACCCUUUCUGUUUACGCUCUUCAGGUGCAUCUUCCAGGCCAUCAGAUGAUUUCGUUUCACAUGCAUUCAGAUCUUGCUGAUCUUUUGAAUCGUGCUGAUUUUGGCAAGACAAUGCUCACACAAUUCUUUCACAUGAAUAAGACCAAUAAGAUAGCUCAAAACCUCAAUUGCCUUUAUCGUGAUUUCCCUGAGUUUUUUGUUUGGAAGCCUAAAACAAAAACCUGGACUCGGAGGAAACGAAGGAUGGUGAUUGGCAGAUUGGUAACUGUUAGCCCAACUGAGGGAGAACGUUAUUAUCUCCGAUUACUUCUAUCUCAUGUCCAUGCUCCAACAUCAUUUGAGCAUCUAUUGACUGUCAAUGGUAAGAUUGCCCUAUCAUAUAGAGAAGUUGCCUUCGAAAUGGGCUUGCUCCAAUCUGAUACAUAUAUAGAGGAUGCUCUUACUGAUGCAGCAACAUUUCAAAUGCCAUCCUCGCUUAGAACUCUGUUUGCGGUUCUCUUAAUCUAUUGCUCCCCAGCAAUCCAAGGCUUCUUUGGGAAAGGUUCGAGGGAUAUAAAUAGAAUCUUAGAACAAAUAAGAAAGAAUGUGAAUGACUACCAUCUUGUUCCUGAAGGCUUUUCUCUUGUAUGUGAUGAGCGGCUCACAAAGGAGAUAGAGAGUGAGAGAACCAUUUCAUUCACGGAAGAAGACUUACUCUUAUCUUCGAAAUUGAACGAAGGCCAGAAACGUGCUUAUGAUGAUAUUCUAGCUGAGGGAUAUAUUGCGAUAGCAGUUGCAUCGUCUGGCGUUGCUGCUUCUAUUCUUCCUGGAGGAAGGACUGCUCAUUCGAGAUUCAAGAUUCUCUUGGAUGUAUCAAUGAACAGAACCUGCCAAAUUAGCAAGCAGAGCUCUGUAGCUAAACUUAUUUCACUAGCCAAGUUAAUCUUUUGGGAUGAGGCUUCAAUGGCUAAAAAGGAUACUGUAGAAGCAUUUGAUCUAUUACUGAAAGAUGUGAUGAAUUCUGAUAUUCCUUUUGGUGGUAAAAUAGUAGUUUUUGGUGGUGAUUUUCGUCAGACUUUACCUGUUAUACCAAGUGCAUCUAGGGACCAGCAGAUCGAAGCUAGCUUUGUAAAUUCCCCUCUAUGGAAUACUCUGACAAAACUUUCUUUAUCAGAAAAUAUGCGAGCCAUUCUAGACCUUCCAUACUCAGAUUUCCUUCUUAGAGUUGGUAAAGGCCUUGAACCUGAAGAUCUUGAUGGGAAAGUUGGUAGAUUUGUAUUCUCCGAUCUCUGCCUUUAUUCAUUAGAUCCAUACAGGAUGAUUAACAGAUAUGUUCUUACGCCAAAGAACUCCUGUGUUGAUGAUAUUAAUGAAAUGAUGAUUGAUCGCUUCCCUGGACAGGCCUAUGUUUAUAUGAGCACUGAUAGGACUCUUAAUGAAAGAGAUCAAGAGGACUACCAAGACUUCUUGAAUUCUUUAAAUCCAUAA